UUAAAAAAUCUUCUCAAUGCUUUGGAUGUUAAUAUUAAAAUUGGUUUUAGCCACAAUCAUCAGUCCAACCCUGUUGAGAGAUUUCAUAGAACUUUGUGGGCACUUUUGAAAGCAAAGAGGGCAAAUGGGGAAAAUGACUGGGAAAAAUCCCUCCCAACCUUAAUUUUAGCUUACAAUGCAACUCAACAUUUUUCCACUAAUUCGUCCCCCGCCAGAAUUUUUCUCGGAAGAGAACUAAAAAUCUUCCUCAUUUGUCUUUGUUGCCAAAAUUUGUUCAAAAUGAUAACCCCUCCCCCCACUCCGUUGAAGAACAAUUAGAUUACAUCCUUGAUCUAAUGAGAGCUUCAGACAAUGUAAGAAUACGGAGGCAGUUUAGGUCUUAUGAAAAACCCCAGGACGAGAUUUGUGUAGGAGAUCGUGUGUAUUGUGCGGCCCUCCCUCCACAAGGUGAAGAAGGGAGAGAGCGUGGGGAGGUUGAUCAGCCUAAUGGUGAAGUGCGAGAGCAGGCGGACCAGCACCAGAGAAGGGGGAGUACGAGAGUAAACCAGUUGCUCUUCGUGGGCAUGCUGGCAGUACUAGUAGGGCAGGCCAGCGCGGAGGAAAUCCCCUCAGGGAUAACCCCGGACAGCAUAGGAGGUUUCAGUAAACCGAAGUUCUCGGAAAUAGAGAUAGAGUGGAGUUUGCAAGGAGGCUAUGGUUAUUUUGUUUCGACAACCGUAGCUCCAACCCUGCACGUCCUCAGUCAAGCUAUGGAUGGGGCCGGAGCAGUUGAAGCUCUUACCUUCACUUGCUGGGUAGUAAGAACAUUAUUUCGAAUCAGCAAGACUGGCUAUAUUAACUCGAGAAUGGAGCACGGGUAGUUCUCCGCUAAACCUCACAUCCUGGAGAAGGAUGGAUAAAAGACGCUUCAAGAGUGCAAUAGUUUCAUCUUAUCCUGAGAAAGUGAUCGACAAGGUGGCUGAUCAUAAAAGAUCAAGGAGGGGAUGUAAUAAUGGGUGAUUUUGUUGAUCUUUUACGAUCAGCGAUUCAAGGAUUUUUUAGAUUGCUGAGAU